AUGACGACACCCGAAAACAGUUCCAGUUUGAAGGGUCUUGAUGAGCAGAAAAAUCCUGGCAGCGAGGAUGGGCUACAGUCCGACGAAUUCGCACCGUCCCUGCUGGUAUCAGCGCAGCUCACAGCAUCGCCUCAACAGGAGCAGAAUCUCGCAGGCGCAAAUUCUUCGGCCAGGGCAGAGCGAGAGCCACUGACUAGUUCAGCAACACCGACCGAUGCUAUUCAGUGUUCCGACAGAGGCUGCCAUGCGGAGUUUCACGAUGAGGAUGAGCUAAAGCGCCAUGUCCGAGAAGCGCAUCCACAAAGGGAACGCCAUUGUGGGAUGAGCAUAUUUCGUGUUCUACGUAAGCAACACCUGACGCAACACCUGGAUAUGCACAUACCUACUCCUGCAGGUGAGAAACCCUACAACUGUGGAGUCUGUGAUCAGUCUUUCGCGCGGGAUGAUGUACGAACUCGCCACAGAAAGAUUCACACUCGACAACAGAGUAUGCUGCAAACCAGUCCUACUGCUCUACAAGAGUCAGCAUAUCCAAUGCCGUAUGUUUCGCCUCAUGGUUUACCUUACCCUGUACCCUUCCUGAGCCCAAAGCCAGUAGAUCACAUGGGCCUAGUCUUGAAUCCUAGUGAAGACGGAGGAAUCUCUUCCUCUAUUGCUGCCCACCACCCCCCAAUCACAUCCUUCAAUACAGUCCUCAGUACACCAGCAUAUGGAGCAGACCCUUUCCAGGACUCUGCCGCAUAUGCAGAAGAAGACGACUCACUCUAG